AGGUUUCCAGAUGAAGCCUGUGAAGAAGGAAGAACCUGAAGAUAAAGAUGAACUCAAACUGAACAAGGAUUUCUGCUGCUCCUCGUGUCCACGUUCCUCUACAACCCAAAAUCAGCUCCACAAUCACAUCAAGAGCUGCAACCAUGAUAAAUAUGAGACUCUGGUGAAGAUUAAGACUGAACAUGAGGAUCUGACGCCCACCAGAAGCUCCAGGAAUCAGCAAACGUCUUCUGGUACUGUCAGCAUUAACACCUCUCUCAGUCCCUCACAGGAAGAAGGAAAGGUCUGCUCACAGUGUGGGAAGAGCUUCAAGUUCCAGUGUGAUCUCAAAAUACACCAGCGCAUUCACACAGGAGAGAAACCGUAUCAGUGCUCACAGUGUGGGAAGAGUUUUAGUCAUCAGAGUGUUCUCAGAAGGCACCAGCACAUUCACACUGGA